GGCCGCAUCUGCCGAAUAUAAAAUCGGUGUCGGAAUUGCAGAUUGUACUGGGCCAAUUGCCGAAGUCAACUUUAUGGGUUAUGCAAAUAUAGCCCAAAAAGGCACAGGAAUCCACCUUCGACAAUUUUCAAGGGCUUUUGUCUUUGAUGAUGGAACUUCAAGAAAUGUCUUCGUCAGUGUUGACGCCGGAAUGAUUGGCCAAGCUUUGAGAAGAGAUAUUAUUGCAAACCUCCAAAAACGUUUUGGAGAUCUCUACAAUGACCAGAAUGUCCUGAUCAGUGGUACCCAUACCCAUGGUGCACCAGGAGGAUACCUGAUGGACCUGAUUUUUGACAUCACUACUUUGGGUUUUGUCAGGGAAACUUACGAGGCUAUGACUCAGGGAAUCACCCAGAGUAUAAUCCGAGCCCACAACAAUCUCGUACCUGGCCGAAUUUUCGUAUCGCAAGGUGAAUUGUUAGAAGCCAACAUUAACAGGAGCCCAGCAGCAUAUUUGAACAAUCCCGAAGAGGAAAGGGCACAAUAUCUGCACAAUGUAGACAAAACCAUGACCCAGAUGCGUUUUGAAGACACUUCUGGACGUGGUUUAGGUGUUAUCAGCUGGUUUGCAGUACAUCCUACCAGUAUGAAUAAUACCAAUACCCUGGUCAGUUCCGAUAAUAUGGGAUAUGCCAGUAUCAUCCUGGAGACCAAGAUGAAUCCUGGUGCUUUACCUGGACAGGGUCAAUUCGUGGCAGCUUUCGCUUCAAGUAAUUUAGGGGAUGUUUCCCCAAAUAUUAAGGGUCCUAAAUGUUCCAAAUCAGGAGAAGAAUGUGAUAUUUUAACUAGCACCUGUCCAAAAGGUGCAGGAGACUGCAUCGCCAGAGGUCCUGGAGAAAACGGUGACAUGUUCCAAAGUACCAAAAUUAUUGCAGAAAGAUUAGCAGGACGUGCAGAGAGUUUGUUGACAGAAGCAAAAGGUCGUGAGGUUCAUGGGCCCAUAAAAUCGAUCUAUCAAUAUAUCGAUAUGCCGAAUGCCAAUGGCACUUAUUUCAAUCCGAAAACUAAAGAAGUCGAACAGGUUCGGGGAUGUUUACCAGCAAUGGGCUACAGUUUUGCAGCAGGAACCACAGAUGGUCCUGGUGCCUUCGAUUUUCAACAAGGAGAUGUUACUGGAAAUCCCUUCUGGAAUGCCAUCAGGAACUUUUUGGCAGUUCCUACAGCCGAAGACAUCGAGUGCCAGAAACCGAAACCGAUUUUGCUUGCAACUGGCAGGGCUCAUCUGCCAUACCAAUGGCAACCAACAAUCGUCCCAACCCAACUUUUAAUGAUAGGAGACGUCGCCCUGGUGGCAAUUCCUGGUGAAUUCACCACAAUGGCUGGCAGAAGGAUGAGGGAUGCUGUCAGAGUUGCCCUUAAGGAAGCAGGAGGCCCUGAAGCCCUUGUCGUAAUCGCAGGAUUGAGUAACACUUAUACUGACUACGUUGUCACUCCUGAGGAAUACCAGGUUCAACGGUAUGAGGCAGCUUCCACAAUUUAUGGACCACACACACACACUUUAUAUAUUCAGCAAUACCAAAAAUUAGCUAGAGCUUUGGCAAAGAAUGAGACCCUAGAAUUAGGCCCAAAACCCAAUUAUUUCGACGACAAGGUCUGGACUUUGGUUCCGGGGGUUGUUUACGAUUCUGCAGAAAUGGGCAAAGAUUUCGGAGACUGCAAACGUCAGCCUAAAGAGACUUACAACAGGGGCGAGACUGCCAGUGCAGUAUUUGUUUCAGGAAAUCCAAGAAACGAUCGUUUACAUGGAAAAACUUUCCUGAAAGUUGAAAGACAGGUCGAAAAUGGUGGCUGGGAAACUGUUUAUACAGAUGCUCAUUGGGAUACAAAGAUGCACUGGAGAAGGAUAAAUCUGAUUACAGGAACAAGUGACGUCACUGUUGAAUGGACUAUUUCUGAUGACGUCACACCAGGAACAUAUCGUAUCAAACAUUUUGGAAACUUUAAAUUUUUAUUAGGAGGAAUUUUCCCAUACGAAGGAACCAGUAACGCCUUCCAAGUUUUGUAAAAAAUUUGAAAAAUUAAAAUUUGACUGAUGUAAAAUGAAUGAAAUUUUGAAGGAUUUUUGUAUAUAUUUUCAAUAAUAUAAGCAUGAUAAAUAAU